AUGGCGGACAGUGACCACGAGCAUGACUUUGACGACUCCUUCGCCGAGGACGAGGCCUCGCUGAUAUCCACCCGAUCCCUCGAGAACUUUGGCAGAAAGGUCACCACCACCGCGAGCCACCUCAUGGGUCCCGGCCCCAGCCCCAGCGCCGCUCCCAGCGGCGAUGGCCUCCGCAUCGACCACUACCACAACGCCAUGGCCGCCGUGCACAAGCAGCUCCAGCAACCCUCGGUCCAGCGCGGCGUCUUCUCCAUGGCCCGCACCACCCCGUCCGAGCUCGUGCGCUCCAAGCUCUCGCGGAACGAGAUCAAGCACCGCGCCCUCACUUCCCUGUCCGACGAGUUGCUCGCCAAUAUCCCCUACGUUGAGAACUCGUACUCGCUCUUUCAGGGUUUCCAAGCGAGCUUCCCCGAUAUGACCGACGAGGGGAAGAAGCAUAGGAGAAGGGUGUCGAGGGGACGGAAGCUGCUAGACGAUGUUGAGCAUAUUGACGGAUCGCCCGAGAACGUCUCUAGGCUAAAGAGGGAGAAAUCCUCGAUGAUGCACGAGCUGCACCUGUUGAUGAUUCGGAAGAAUAUGGCGAGCUGCGAGAUUAGGGAUAUCGAUAACAAGAUUGCCAACUUGACCGGCAUGAGGAGGUCGGUAUUGGAUCGGUUAGCGAAUCUCGAACAGGACGAGGCCGUGCUAGAACAAGAUAUUGUCGACAUGGAGGCUCGCUUAGAAGAGGCGCAACAAAUUGCACAAGAAAACGCGGCAGCAGGCCGACACACCCCGAUCGACGACGAAGACGAUGGGUUAAUAAUAGAAGCCGAAGAAGUUGGCUUCAUGUCCCAGUCCAUCUACGAAAAGAUCCCCUCCAACCAGUCCACGCCCACCCGAACCAAGAAUGUUAAGAGCAUUCGCCGGAAAUCCAUGCCCAUAUUACACGAACACUACGAGACCGGCAGCGCCAUCCGGGAGAUCCGCGCCCACCGAGACACCAUCCUCGCCAUCGACUUCGACGCGCCCUUCGGCACCAUGGUCUCCUCGGCCAUGGACGACACCGUCCGCGUAUGGGACCUCAACGCCGGCCGCUGCAUCGGCCUCCUCGAGGGACAUACGGCUUCUGUAGGCGCUCUCCAGGUAGACCACAACAUCCUCGCCACCGGCUCGGUGGACGCUACCGUCCGCCUCUGGGACCUCAGCAAGGCCCACUACGACCCCUACGGCAGCGGCUUCGGCGACGACGAGGAGGACGAGGACGGCAUCGCCUUCGCCCACCCGGACGACCAGCCCGUUGAACCCCCCGCCGGCACCAUGGCCGAGUGCCCGCUCUUCACGCUGCAGGCUCAUCUCGACGAGGUCACGGCGCUGCACUUCCGCGGCGACACGCUAGUCUCAGGCUCGUCGGACAAGACGCUGCGCCAGUGGGACCUAAACAAGGGCCGCUGCGUGCAGACGCUCGACGUCAUGUGGGCCGCCGCCCAGGCCUCGGCCACCCUCGGCAGCUCCGACGGCAACUGGCGACACACGGCGCGCGGGUCGGACGGGACGGCGGAUUUCGUUGGUGCGCUGCAGGUGUUUGAUGCUGCGCUGGCGUGCGGCACGGCUGAUGGUAUGGUGAGGCUGUGGGAUUUGAGGAGCGGGCAGGUGCAUAGGAGUCUGGUCGGGCAUACGGGACCGGUUACGUGUUUGCAGUUUGAUGAUGUGCACCUCGUUACGGGGAGCGCAGACCGGAGUAUCAGGAUAUGGGACCUACGAACCGGCGUCAUCCACGACGCCUACGCUUACGACAACCCCAUCACGAGCAUGAUGUUCGACGCCCGCCGCAUCGCCUGCGCCGCCGGCGAGGACGUCGUCAAGGUCUACGACAAGGUCGAGGGCCGCCAAUGGGACUGCGGCGCCGGCAUCGCGGCGGCCGAGGAAGGCAGGAAGACGUCCAUCGUCGAGCACGUGUGCUUGCGGGAUGGAUACCUUGUCGAAGGGAGGGAGAAUGGCAUCGUCGGCGUGUGGGCGUGUUAA